UUUCGCACAGUGAGUGGCGAUUGGUCUUCCCACAAAAGCGACGGCAAACAGCGGCGGUCUAUUCAAAACAAAAUCUUUGGAUUCUUUAUAAAUGUCGUUUUCAAAAGCACCUGUCAAGCGUUUUAAUGAUGUUUCAGGUUGCGCUCCACCUGUUGGAGCAUAUGAUCCUAAAGAGGAAAGAAAUCUGAAAGGAGCAUACAUCGAGAAAUCAGAUCGCUUCAAACAUCCAAAAGAUGUUGCUCCUAAUUCUGAUUACAUGGAAUACUUCCAUCAUUCUCAGCUGACUUCCAGCACUCCCAGAAAAUGUGGCUCCGCAAACAGUUCCUCAUCUUCUGAGUCAUCCAACAGAAGUGUAGCAAGGAAGUCAACACAUUUCAGUGAUCAUACUGGACGUAGUAAAGACCUUGAACUGGAGCUCCGGAGACUUCUGCAUGUAAAGGGAGAACAGGAUCGCGAGCUGCGGCAGCUGCGUGAAAAGUGUCAGAAUCUUGAAGGACGACUAAAUAAUGCCGAUGUCGAUCACACACUGUGCCUUGCUCAUGCAGCCACUUUGGAGGCAGAAACUAAGGAGGCAAAGUCACAGCUGAAGGUUUUACAAAUGCAGUUGCCUGUCCAGAUGCAACAGAAGCAUGAAAAACUUGUACAGAGUCUGAGGCAAGAACAUGAAGCAAAAUCCAAGGAACUUCGGCAAGAGCUAGAAGCAGUUAAGGAAAAGCAUGACCACGCACAGCAGAAAAUGCAGAAGGCACAACAGGAAGUGGACAUCCUUCAGCAAAUGCUGCAAAAAAGCCAAGAGGCCUGCAGCUCUUGCGAACAGAAGCUGCAGGCACUGCAAGAAGAGAGCAGCAAGACACAGCAACAGAUGCACAGCCUUCAGUUAGAGAGGGAGAGGCUGCAGCAAGCCCUGGCACAGCAAGGAGAUGUGUGCGCUGUGACAGAACAGCGGCUACAAGCUGCAUUACAAGCACGAGACCAGGGGGAGAAGCAGAUGGAGCAGGCACAGCAGAAGUGUUAUGAUCUGCAGCAGCAGUUGCAGCAGAUGCAAGAGAACCACAGCAAGCUUCAAGAGCAGUUGCAAGAAGAGCUGCACAGCACAAAGGAAAACUUGGCUAAACUGCAGCAAAGUGGUAUUUCUGUGGAAGAGGAAAGCAAGAAUUUGAAACUGGCCAAAAAGGACCUUGAAGUGCGUGGGGACCUUAUGUUCGAUGCUAUUAGGUCUCUCAAGGAAGAAGCAUACAGUGAGUCUGAUGUCAUGAAGCAGCAGCUUUUUGAGGAGUUGGCUGAGAAUGCUCUGUUAAAGGAGCACAUAGAGCAGCUAGAACAAGAAAAUAAGCUGCUAAAUGAAACCAUUCAGUCACUGACAGUAAAGCAUGAAGUUCUGGAAGAAAAGCUUGCUUCCCAAGAAGUUCAGGAAGAAAAAACCUGUUCACAGCUCAAAAUGCAAGUUAAUGUAUUGCAACAAAAUUUACAAACUCUUCAGGAUGAACUGGAGUGCACAAAACUGACGAACAAAGAUUUAGUUCAAAGCCUGACACAGCUGAAGGAUGAACUAUCAUGUACAAAAAGUCUUGAGCAUGGCAAAGAAAAGGAGCUGGAAGUUCUAAGCCAUGCUAAACUUGACCUGGAAGCAGCCAUCAAAAGCCUCAUGGUGGAUCUCCAUGCUGUGCAACAAAGAGAAGAAGGAGCACAGAGUCAGGUGCUUCAUUUUCAGACACAGGUGCAGCAGCUCCAGGUCACAGAGCAGGAUCUCAAGAUGCAGCUAGAGCAGCAAGUGACCUUGGCUGACCAAGAACAAAACAAGCUGAAGGAUAAGUUGAAGAGAGCUACUGAAGAACGACACAAGCUGGUUGAAAAACACUGUGAAGAACUGCAGAGUGUGAAGAAGGCUUUGGCUUUGGAUCACCAGGAAAUGGAUGCCAAGAUGUCUGAACUUGCCCUACGAUUAGACCGAAGCCAGAACUUCAACAGACAAAUGAAAGAUGAGCUGAAGAAGCUUCUGGCAGACAAAGAAAAAUUGCAGCAACAGAUCUGUGACCUGGAAAAACAGGUGAAGAAAAGCCAAGAUGAACUUGAGACACAUCAGUCAGAGUUUAGAGAACAGGAAGAGAUGCUGCAUCUUAAGCUGACAGCUUUACAGGAGGAACUGAUGAGGCUAAAAGGUCAAGAGGAUGAGUUUCAGUCUGCUUUAAGCAAUAGUGAGGAGUUGGCCCAGAAGUACAAGAAGCAGUUCCUGCAACAGACCGAAAAAUGCUCUGAACUUGAGAACGAAGUGAAAGAUAUGGAGGCUGAGAAGACCAUGCUUCAGAGUCAAAUUGACAGUAUUUUAACAGAAAACGGUCGCAUAGUGUUAGAUAUGGAAGGGCAGCUGGAAAGAAUGCGGGAAGCAGCCUUGGAGGAGCGCAGUGGGUUUGAACGUAUCAUAAGUGAAAUGUCUGAAAAGAUUCAGCAGCUGGAGGAGACUGAAACACUUUUAAAGGAACAAGAAGACUGGAAAAACAAAUAUGAUGAGUUAUAUUUUCGUGUUGAACCGUUUAUGGAGCAGCUCGAUGCAUUUGCAGCAGAACGCGAACUUUUGCUUGGUCAAAGGCAGCAGGAUGAGGCAGAAGUUGCAAAACUUAUGGAGAAGUGUGCCAAGCUGCUUGGUCAUCAAAACCACCGCCAAAAAAUCCAGUACAUCAACAAGAUGAAGGAUGAAUUCAUGAAGUGCCGCAAGGAAAAAGAAGAAUUAAAGGGAAAAGUUGCCAAACAGAACAAUGCAAUACAGAAACUUGAAAGACGCCUGCAGAUCCUUGAGGGUAAAAAACUAGUUGACCCUGUGCACCUUCGAAAAGACCAGCAGCCACUUAGAUCUCCACUUAGGCAGGCAAAUACCAACAUUCAGUAGGUGUUUGUCAACACCACAGUUUGGAGAUGCAGGGUAUGUCCUCAGAGGCAGUAUCUUAAUGUAUGUGAUGGGGCUUGGAAGUGAUCGUGGCUCAUGUUAUGACUGUUUGAAUGUACGAGCGAAGGAUGAAAAUAAUUGAGGGAUCAAAUUGUGUGAGCUGACAGCUUGCAACAACAUUUAGGCACUGUCUAGUGCACUCUGCAAUGAAAGGUGAAGUUUAAAGUCUGGAUGUAGAUAACUGAAUUUUAAAUAUGUUCAUUUCAUUGUACAUUGCUUCAUUUCAGUCUGGUGCUAGCAGCAUAAUCUCAUUUGCUAUAAAAUUAAUUUUGCUGUAUAAAUGACAUUCGUGAUUUCGCCUUCACAGCAACAUUUGAAGUGGUGGGACUGAAAUAUGUGUCCGCUUGAAGUGUGUACAAAACUUGAAAAGAUGUGGAUGCUGAGACUAGUAAUGAAAUGCCACGCUUUGUUUUUAAAUACAUGUACGGAACAGAGAUUGGUUGGCAAAACAAAAAUCGUGAUGAUGCGUUUGACUUAAGCAUCAUGUUUGCUUGGAAGUCAGAAAAGAAACACUUGUGGAAGGAUGUGAUAUAAAUCAGAGAAUGUGUACUGAAAGGUCAACCAGACUAAGUUUGUUUUUCACAGAGGAUAGUACUGACAUUGUGACAAAGCCUGUCUACGCAGUCAUGUGAUGUAAGGGUUUUGACUGUGCAUGGCAAGGCUAAUGCUCAUAGAGCUUGAGAACAAAAGACAGUUGCUCAUUCAGGGUUGUUAAAAAAGUCCAUGUGCUGAGUUCUUUCUUGUCACUAAUAAACUUUUGCACUCUGAUAUACCUGGUGUAAGUAUUUGCUGUAUAAGUUAUGUGGUAAGGUGUUUAAUCAACUGUGCUAUUUUACUGUGUACUAAAUCUGUAAUAUUUCUCUAAAUUUCAUUUUUACUGGUGUUUUAUAAUCAGCUGCAGUAUGUACUCUAGGAUUGAAUGCAAAUAUUUUGAAGGAUAUUUUAUGGUUAAUGUUAUCUUACAUACAGAACAAUGUUUAAGCUUGUCACAUUGAUGACCUGUUUGAAACCACAAAUUUAAAAGUGUUUGUUUAUAUCCAGCAAAUGUGGGUCAUAAAAUUCACAAAGCAAAAAGGGUUUCUUUCUACCUCAACAUCUUUUUGCAGUCAUUCUGAUUCAGAAUGCAAGUAAAGUCCAUGAUAAAU